CUCUCGCACUUGAAGUUGUUGCUGAGGAGCCUCCACUGAGUGCUGAGUCUGUGUGUGUGUGCGUGUGUGUGUGUUUGUGUGUGUGCUGAGCCGAGCAGCAAACAGGCGCACAGCCGUCGCCUCCUGUUGAAAGUGAUUGUCGCCUUUGACAAAAUGACACAGUCCCCUUCACCAAGUUACCCCCGACACCAUGGCAAGGUCGUGCUCUUCUUUCACCUUUUGUUUCAUACCCCAGGGUUGUUGGCCAGCGAGGUGAUCGUGCCCCCGAGUGUGAGCGCUGUGCUGGGUAAGAACCUGACGUUAGAGUGUCGGGUGGAUGUGGCGACCAACCUCACUCUCACUCAGAGCUCUUGGGAGCGUCGUCUACCCUCUGGCUCGGUCACCGUGGCCGUCUACAACCCGCGCUACGGCAUCUCCAUCUCUCCGGAGUACAUCCAUCGCUUACAUUUCCAUUCGCCCUCCUCUUACGAUGCUACUAUUGUACUGGAAAAUGUAGGCUUUGCUGACAUGGGCAUGUACACCUGUAAGGUGGCCACAUUCCCUCUAGGGAACACCCAAGCUUCAACUACUGUCAGUGUACACGUGGAGCCGAAGGUCUACGUGUCUGCCGGCUCCACACCACUAAUAGAUGGGGGUAAUGAGACCGUGGUGGCCACUUGUAUCGCAGAGCGUGCCCGGCCCCCCGCUGAGGUGUCCUGGGAGUCCAACCUUUUUGGCCAGUCAGAAGUCCAGCUCUUUGACGACGUCAACGGCACCACGACGACACAAGUGCGUUACCUUUGGCUGCCCACACGUCACGUCCAGGGCCACACGCUCACCUGUGUCGUCCGCCACCCGGCUCUGCCCAAUGAUUUCAGAAUCCCCUACCAGCUUAAUGUGCAGUUUGCUCCUGACAUCUCUGUGGUGGGGUAUGAUGGAGACUGGUACGUGGGCCGAGACAAUGUUGAAAUGACAUGCAAAGCCAAUGCAAACCCACCAGCUCAUCACUUCAGAUGGAUCAGGCUGGACAGCGACAUGCCAGACGGCGUGGAAAUCAUGAACAGCACGCUGAUUUUCCUGCGUCCCCUCCAGCGGAACGACACCGGCGUUUACAGAUGCGAAGUUGCCAAUGACAUCAACCUCCGCAGUCGGGAUGUGCGCAUACUCAUACAAGAGGGACGACGGAGCUGGGGGAGAAAGACUUCCGUGCUGCGAAUUGAGAGCAAGCUAACAGAUCCUCCCACCAUGCCUUCCAUCAUUACUGCUCCUGUCCUCUCUGGUUCCUCCUCCACCCUAGUGGACAAUAAACUCCGCGCUAAUCUCAGCUCCCCGACUCUUGAAGCGCUACCUGAGGGUAAUCUGGGCACCGUAGUGGGCGGGGCUGUGGGCGGGGCCUUGUUCCUGCUGCUGUUGCUGUUUCUGGUCGGCGUGUGUUACCUACGGAAACAGCAGACCUUCCACGGGGAUUACUACGCCAAGCAGUGCCCGGGCCCGAGUGAUCUCCAGAAAGCCCCCAGCAAGCAACACGAGCUCAACGGCACCAAAGCUAGCGGCGGCGCCCACCACCAUCAGGACCAGGAUCAGGAGGAAUGGGGCGGGCGCGAGCUGAAGCAUCACAGCGGCAACGAAUACCCGUCUAAUGGCUAUACGAGGGCUAUGAGGGAAGGCGGUCACCACAGCAACCAGCAGAAUCCCCAGCAGGGACACACACAGUAUUGUAGUCCACAGCAGCAGCCCAGGAGGCCCAGAUACACGCACUCUCCUAAACCUAUCAGGAACGGCUCUCCCUACCUUCCAAAUGGCCCGCAGGGUGAUUAUGUCUCUCACAAAGAUGGUUCUGUCAUCUCUCGUAGGGAGUGGUACGUUUGACCGGCCGCCUGAUCUGAAAAAUCAAAGAACACCUUAGUUUUUCUUCUGUACGCACACAACUUCUUCUUUUUCUAAUCCCUUUGCACCCUGGAAGAUACUUGAGCUAUUUUCCUGUUCAUGAUGUGGAUGAGCUGUGAUCCGCCAUGCGGCCGUGUCACGACGUACGCGCACUUCCCGGAUGGACAAUUUUUGUUGAGUCACUAAUGUUGUCAGGAGAGGAAGUCCACCCCCCCGGUGGCCUCGCUUAGCCGUGUGACACCUCCUCAUUUUCACAUACUGAUUUGUUUAAAGGACCUGUGACCUCUGAAUAUGCGACACUGAGAUUAAAGCGUGGGGCCAUAAAAUGAAUCAUAGCUACUUAGAUGGCUACUGGUCCUUCGGCUAAGUCUCAGUCGGACACGGACAACCUCUCGUUUAGGGGAGUAGAAUUAACUGCACUGCCUUUUUGCUGAUUUGCAAUGGUCUUAAGCAGACUGCUAGUACUACUGUGCAAAGUCAAGAGAGGUGGUGCGGUCACUGCAAACAGCAGACAAAACCAUCUCCAUAUGGAACCAUGAACCUUUUCGGUUAAACCCUCCUAAUAUGAACAAUUUGCACUAAUUAUCACAGGCUCUUGGAUAGGUUGUUAAUAGCAGGUUGUAGUAUGGCUGCCAUCGUACAGUAUAGCUGACUAUUAAUGCCACACUGCCAUGACACUAGCCACUAAUGGGCCUGUCUCACAACUAAUCUGUAGCAGAGUAAAUUAAUAGGUUUGUGUCUGCCAGUUCCUCCACCAUUUUAAGUUGGAAACAACAGUAUUACUGCAAUAUCUAUUCAGAAUUGUGGUGUGUGUGUAUAAACACCAUCUAGGUGAAGACAUUUGUUUGACUCAGUCAGUAUUUUUCUGUACUUAAGUUUUGUUUUCUGACCAAGGACUUGAAUUCCAAUGUGAAUUAUUUUGGCACGUGCACUUACCUAUCAGACGGGAUGUAGGAGAUACAACAAUCUCUCUCUUGCACAAAUAGUGUUUGUAAACCGUAGUUUUAAUACCUUUACAGUAUUUGCUCUAAGAGGCCAAAUAUUUGUCUGUGUGUAGAAAUACGACAAUGGCGACGUGGCGUGCGUGUUAAAUAGUAUCAUAUAUGUUCGCCGAUGACAGGGUCCUGUAGCUUUGAAGAUGCGUUAAAUGCCACCUAAAUAUAGUACAGUCAUCAAAAGGAGGAUUAGUUCAAUUGUGAUAUUAUGAUUGUUAUUCGACAGGAUGUGACCAUUGUGCUGUGACUAGGCAGCCAUUCUCGUAGUGCCACGCUGGUUACAUUAAGAUGUGUAAAGUCGCACAUCUUAACGGCCAUAUUGUAGUCUAAAGCAUGCCAUCUUUUAGGUCAUUGUUGGUUUUUCUUAGGCGACAUUUGGUUCUCUGCGGGGGCCUGAGCUUAUAACUUCUGUACAGUUGCACUCCUUUGUAUUUAGCCCUUGUAGUAAAUUCUGUUUGCAAACUUUUUAAACUUGCAGGGUUUGUAGCAAUAGACCUCCAAAUAUUACCAAUUAAAAAUGUUUUUUUAUUGGCCAUCUAUUAAAAAUACAUAUAACUUAGAAUUUGGGUUGAAUGAUGAACAGCUGUCCCUCCAGACUGUACUGCAAAGUUAUAAAAAAAACAAAAACAUUUAUUUGAAUUGUAAGGUUUGUUAGUGCAGGUGAUAAGAAGCACCGCUGCCGAAUCCCCCUUUUGUGUUUGUUUCUAUGCACUAAUACGGAAACCACACUAAUCUAUUUUUGUUUUGCUUAUCAAUGCUCAGCCCUGCAUACAUCAAGUUUGGUUGAGUGACAACAUGAGACAAAUAGCCUAGUGCCUUAGAAGAUAUCAGUGUUUCUAGUUGUGCUCAGUGCCAUAUGUUCAAAAAUGACAAGUGGAACUUAAACAUUUCCUGGUAACAAAUUGCCACAGUAAGCGAACACUGUGAGUAGCUUAGGUGUCACCUGAUCAAGCACCUUUAUUGUUUCCUCCCUUUGUGUAUAUAUACAGAAGGAAUGUAAGUUAAUGCAAGUGAAACAAAAAUAUAUAUUUAUGUCUGUGAAGCAUUAGUCAUUCUUUUUGCCAGAUACUUUAUCCCAAAUAAAGCACCUUAGCACAUGAAA